AUGGCCGCCGGAAUCGUCAACAUUCGCCGUGAUGUCGAUGACAAGUUCUAUCGUUACCGCAUGCCCCUUCUAACCACCAAAAUUGAGGGAAAGGGAAAUGGCAUCAAAACCGUGAUCCCUAACAUGUCUGACGUUGCUCGGGCCUUGAGCCGACCUCCCACGUACACCACUAAAUUCUUCGGGUGCGAACUCGGUGCGCAGACCACUUUCGACGAGAAAAAUGACCGCUACAUUGUCAACGGUGCUCAUGAUGCCAACCGGCUGCGUGAGCUGCUCGACGUCUUCAUCGACAAAUUCGUCCUGUGCAAGUCGUGCAAGAACCCCGAGACGGAGCUCAUCAUUCUCAAGACCGGCAGGCAGGAGGACAUCAUUCGUGACUGCAAGGCCUGCGGAGAGCGCACGGGGGUCGACAUGAGGCACAAGCUCACCACGUUCAUCGUCAAAAAUCCUCCCGUCAAAAUCAAGAAGGGCAAGAACAAGAACACCGGCGGAGAUGCGGCAUCGGGUGUGGGUGGCGGUGGCAACCCUGAUCCCACGGAAAAUAGCCCUCCUCCCGAGGGCGGCGCUGAUGGUGCGGAGAGCGACGAUGAGCUUACGAAGAAGAUCAAGGCUGAGGCCGCGGAGCUCAACACCGACACCGCGUUGGCCAAGGACGACUGGUCUGCAGACACUUCCCCGGAGGCGGUCAAGCAGCGAGUCAAAGCUCUCGAAAGCAGCAUGGCUGCUGCUGCCCUUGGUGGUGGGGACGACGACGGCAGCGACGAUGACGCCAACAGUCCGUAUUCUGUCCUCGGCCUUUGGAUUGAGGAACACCCCGACGCUGACCCCAAAGCUCGCUCCAUUGCGAUUUACAAGAAGAUUGAGGAGCUAGGCAUCGAGAAGAAGCAUAAGACCGUUACUGUGCUCGUCCAGGCUCUCUUCACGGCCAAUAUCGUCAAGGAGAUCGACGGCUAUGCUACUCUUCUGACCAAGAUGGUUACGUCCGAAAAGCACCAGAAGUCGCUCCUCGGAGGGAUCGAACGCUUCCUCGGCUUCUCUCACCCCGACCUCAUUCCCUCGGUGCCUAAAAUCUUGAUGGGCUUCUACCAGACCGACCUCCUUGAUGAGGAGGUCAUCACCCAGUGGGGCACCCAUGUCAGCAAGAAGUACGUCGACAAAGACACCAGCAAGAAGGUCAGGAAGGCGAGUGAGCCAUUCUUGAAGUGGCUCGCUGAGGCCGACGAUGAUGAUGACGAGUAG